GGCGUACAUGAGUGUGAAGGAGCUGAAGGAGGCACUGCAGCUGAACAGCACCCACUUCCUCAAUGUUUACUUUGCCAGUUCGGUGAGGGAAGAGUUGGCUGGUGCUGCCACUUGGCCAUGGGAUAAAGAGGCCCUUAGUCACCUGGGUGGAGUUGUCCUCAACCCUGCUUAUUACGGUAUGCACGGCCACACGAACACCAUGAUCCAUGAAGUGGGACAUGUCCUGGGACUGUACCAUGUCUUUAAGGGAGUGAGCGAGCGGGAAUCUUGUGAUGAUCCCUGCAGGGAGACAAGUCCCUCUAUGGAGACGGGAGACCUCUGUGCUGACACUGCCCCCACCCCAAAGAGUAAAUUCUGUCGGGAUCCAGACCCUACCAAUGAUACCUGCGGCCAGACACAUUUCACAGGAACGCCCUUCAACAACUACAUGAGUUACACAGACGAUGACUGCACCAACACCUUCACCCCCAACCAAGUGGCCCGGAUGCAUUGCUACCUGGACCUGGUGUACCAGCGCUGGGGCCUGAGCAAGAAGCCCGCGCCCAUCCCGAUCCCUCCCAUGGUCACGGGGCAGACGCAGGACUCCCUCAGCAUCUACUGGCUGCCUCCCAUCAGUGGUGUCAUCCACGAGAGAGAGCAGGACACACUCUGCGAUGACUGUGCGGAGGAUGGCACCUUCCGUCAAUAUGUGCACGAGGCCUCUUCCCCUCGGGUCUGUGAUUCCUCCGGCUACUGGACCCCAGAAGAAGCAGAAGGGCCCCCGGAUGUGGAUCAGCCCUGUGAGCCCAGCCUGCAGGCCUGGAGUCCAGAGCUCCACCUGUACCAUAUGAACAUGACUGUGCCAUGCCCCCAGCCAGAUGGCUGCAUCCUGGAGCUGCACUUUCUGCACCCUGUGUACCCCGAUUCCCUCACCCUCUGGACCACGUACCUCUCCACGGGCUCUCCCAAGGCACUGUCUGACAUUGAAGUCCUGACAGAGCAGGGGGAGUCCAUCCAUCUGGGCCCCCUGGACACCUUCUGUGAUGUCCCCUUUACCGUGAAGCUCAACAUCCCUAAAAAGGUGUCUGGAGUCAAAAUCUACACCUUUGAUGAGAGGAUGGAGAUAGACACGGCGCUGCUGACCUCCAUGCCUCACAGCUCCCUCUGCUCUGCCUGCAAGCUGAUCCAGUACCGAGUUCUCCGCAACCCCCCGUUUGCAAACGGAUCCCCUGCUGCCCCGGCACAGGCGCACCGCCAGUUUGUCGACACGGAAGUCACGCCUGGGCAGGUGUACCACUACCAGGUGCAGGCAGUCUCUGGGACAACCUCAGGAGAAGCCUCCCCACCACUCAUCCAUGUCCAUGGAGCAUCCUACUGUGGGGAUGGGAAGGUGACCAUGAGCCUGGAUGAGGAAUGUGAUGAUGGGGACUUGCUGGAUGGAGAUGGCUGUUCCAGGAAGUGUAAAAAGGAAAAAGGCUUCAACUGUGUCGGGGAACCAAGCCUGUGCUAUGUGCACGAUGGGGAUGGUGUGUGUGAGCCGUUUGAGAAGACAAGCAGUGUCCUGGACUGUGGUCCCUACACACCCGAUGGAUACAUAGAUCUGUGGGCAGCAAAAGCCUAUGCCUCCCAUCAGGAUGCAAAGUCCUGCCCUGCUUCCUUGGUCACUGGAGAGCCUGUUGUGAAGGUGUGCUUUGAGAGACCCGUGGUGCCCACUUCCCUCCUGCUCUUCCUGGCCUCUGACGGCACCGUCCCAAGCAACCAGCGCAAGCCGAGGGUGACUGUCCAGCUGAGUGAUGUAGAUGGGAUGAACCACUCUUUGGGGAUGUAUGAGUUGUCAUGCCAGCACAACCCACUUGUCAUCAAUGUGACCCAUGGCCCGGAGGACCCAUCCCACUGGGCUGCUUCGGUGCUGCUCAACUUCUCCUCCCCACUUGUGGGCAUCGCAGCUGUGGCCUUGCGGACAACAGCUCAGCCUGGCUCUGACCCCACCACCUGCCUCCUGCAACACGAGGAGGGACAUGGCCACCAGCGCUACAGCUGUGUCCAUGGUGCUUGUGCAGGACUGGGAAGCUGCAUGCAGCCACUGCUUGCUCACACUGCCACCCUCAACUGCACCUCCGAUGGCCUGAGACACAUGGCGUGCACUGUCGCCUGCGAAAAGGGCUUCGUCCUCCGCUCCGGCAAUGGAAAGAGCCUGGGUUCCAGGCAGCAGGAGGUGGUGCUGAGAUGCAGUUCGGGGCGGUGGGACAGAACUGUGACUUGUGACCCUGUCGACUGCGGUGUCCCUGACCAGUCCCAUGUGUACUACGCUGAGUUCUCCUGCCCCAAGGGGACCACAUACCUGCAAAGAUGCUUGUUCUCCUGCGUCCACCCAGCCAAGAUUCAAGGAACAAACCAGUGGCUGACCUGCCUGGAAGACGGUCUCUGGUCACUCCCCGAAGCCUACUGCAAGCUGGAGUGUGACGUGCCUCCUGCAGUGGCCAACGCCAAGCUCCUGGUACCGCGGUGCCUGCAGGGGAACCACGAUGUGGGCUCAGUCUGUCGCUACAAGUGCAAGCCUGGAUACCAUGUGGCUGAGAACACAGCAGGCAAGCCUAAGAAGAAGUUCCUGAAGGUCCAGUGCCUGGAGAGCGGGCAGUGGGAAGAGGGACGCUGUGUCCCUGUGGUGUGUGAGCCACCUCCUCCCGUCUUUGAGGGCAUGUACAACUGCACCCAGGGCUUUGAGCUGGACAGCCAGUGCAUCCUCAACUGCGAGCCGCAGGGACAAAAGGUUCCCAUUGUCUGCACCAAGGAGGGCUUAUGGACAGAGGAGUUCAAACUGUGUGAGAGCUUACAGGGCACCUGCCCACCGCCCCCGGAGCUGAAUUUCGUGGAAUACAAGUGUGAGCAGGGGCACGGCAUAGGUGCUGUGUGCAUACCUUCCUGUAUCAUACCUCCAAGUGACCCUGUCAUAUUGCCUGAAAAUGUAACUGCUGAGACUAUGGAUCACCGUCUGCAGCCCACCAGAGUCCAGCAUAUUGUGUGCACGGGCAGGCUGUGGUGGUAUCCAGACCCCUCCGUCAUUCACUGCAUCCAGUCGUGCGAGCCCUUCCAAGCAGACGGCUGGUGCGACACCAUCAACAACCGGGCAUACUGCCAGUAUGACGGGGGUGACUGCUGCUCCUCCACACUCUCCUCCAGGAAGGUGAUCCCGUUUGCUGCUGACUGUGACCAGGAUGAAUGCACGUGCCGCGACCCGGCGGCCGAGGAGAACCAGUAG